UUCUGGAGUCUGUUUAACCGCCAUAGUUCUCAUCGAUCGCAGGAGAGAAAGGAACUAGGGUUUUUCUGCACCUAAGCAAGGCUUCAUCAUUAUGGUCAGCACAGGAGAGCUUUUAGCAAUUUCCCAGUCUUCCUUUUUGCUUCCUCAAUAUCAUCCCCGAGUUCGAACCCAAAGGCAGAAUUGUCUUUCUUGCUAUAAAGUUGGCACCACAGAUUCAACCAUCAUUACAAACCCGUUGCUAUAUCGUCCAGUUGACAUCAAACAGCAGUCUAGAAACCGGUUCUCCAGUGUGAUAAGAUUCAAUAUCAAUGUGGUUCCUGAAAAAGUUCCAACUGCAUUUUCUGUUGACUUUGUAGAAGGAACCGAAGUCCCACUCGACAGUACUGGUGGCGGUGGUGACGUUGGUGGCACUGGUGGUGGAGGAGGUGAUAACAAUUGGGGCGGCAGUGGUGGUGGAGACGGUGAAGGAGCAUCAGACGAUAGUGAAAAAGAACCCAAAAAGAUGGCAAUGUCGAUGUCUCAAAAGUUAACACUCGGUUAUGCUGCCUUAGUCGGUUUUGGUGGACUAAUGGGUUACUUGAAGAGCGGCAGCCAGAAAUCCCUGAUCUCUGGCGGCAUAUCGGCCGCAUUACUAUACUACGUUUACACACAACUUCCGGUGAACCCUGUAUACGCUUCUUGUAUUGGACUUGGUUUAUCUGCUGCUCUUUUGGGAGUCAUGGGUACACGGUUUAAGAAGUCCGGUAAGGUUUUUCCGGCCGGUGUGGUGUCCGUUGUCUCUCUGAUAAUGACCGGUGGGUACCUACAUGGUGUCAUGCGCAGUUUCCAUUGAUGGUACUCGAUCAAAUCUGUAAGUUCCUAGACUCGAGACUUUUAGUUUUUUCGUACGUUAUAACUUCGUUUAUGUGUGUUAGAGUUUAUUUGAAUAAAUAGUUGAAUAAUGUGGAUAUUAUGGAGUUCUUGUGUUGGAAUGUGAAGCAGUUUUGUUGUUUAUUA